UGUGCGCAGCAGACAGCGAUAUGGAGCGAAAGUAAACUCAUUCCUCGUUUCAGAUAUCAGUAUAUACAUUGAAAAAAUACACAUCGAUUGUAUUAGCUUCUGCUCGGUGCUUUUGCACCGUCGGGACCCGCACUUUCACAACCUCCGGGGCCCGGCUUCGGAACGGCUCGGAUCGGAUCGGACGUGGACCUGAAUCUUGCUGGAACGAGAAAGCGGCAGCUCCGAAUUAAAUUCAGGGCGGCGGCGUGGCUGCGCAAAGACACUCCGGGGAAAUCUCAAUUUCUUCACCAAUCACCCCCGACAGAUAUAACUGGCCGCUGUUUCUCCCCGUCCCCGAGAUCGCCCGGGAGCAAAGGGGACGGUGAGAGGUUCCGUAACUAAUAGGCCCGGAAGGCCCUGAACAUGGUGCACCUUGGUUUAAUAUGUUGUGGCAAAGAUGACACUUUUGUCAGUGCUUGGUUGAAGAUGGCUGUAAACCUCAAACAUUUUGCUUCAGAGACGAGUCUGCUGUACGUCGGUGAAGGUUGGAGCAGUGAAGGAGUGAACUACUGUAAUUGGUCUUCACCUGUCAUGCUUGCCACAGCCUCGCUGUACAACGGCAUUCACGACUGGACACAAACUGACUGUAUACGGAUGUGUGGCAUUAAGGAAGAUAGGUCAAUGGCACAUUUCCAUAAAAAUGAUGAUGGAAUCACACAACACAGAUUGAGAAACAGCUUCUUCCCGUCCGCCAUCAGAUUUCUGAACGGAGAACUAUUUUGCAUGGAAAACACCUUAAUAGUUACUUCUCAUAGCAUAAGGAGAUCUUCACUCACAGAUGCAGAAUCCAGGAAAAGUGCUCCACAGCUUGUAGGGACGGAAGAUACUUGUAUUAACAACCACACUGAAGUGGUGACUGAACGAAUGAGCAAUGGUGUCCAACAAGUCGAGGGGCUUGAAAGUAACUUGUUGCAGGAGGGACUUCAAAAUUGCAAGGAUAAUGACUCUGAAAGAUCUGUUCCAAAAGAAGAGGAGGUCGCCCUCAUGACCACUUCAGAUGCCCAAUUAAAGACUGACAGGAUUGCCAAUGUGGAAAGUAAAUUGGUGCAUGGGGAAAUGCCAGAAAAUGGAGAUAACAAAAUGAAAAAUUUGGAGAUUGUGGGUAUGAAUCGGAAAGCACAACAACCUCAGUCAAAAACCACUUGCACUCAGGAUAAUGCUGGGGAACCGGGAAAGACCGUAAAAGAAAAAUUGACUUCUGGGAGUGAAGCUUCAUAUAAAGGGAUUCCCUGGAUUGAUCCACAAUUAGACAGUGCUACAUCAGGGGGUCACCACCCUUUUAAUGCACUGAGUUCAUUAAACUUGUACAAACCUUGUUUAUCAGCAUCUCAGAAUUUACACAAAGUGGGUCAACCUUAUUUUUCACCAGUGUUUAAUCAGGGUCCACGUUUGAUGUACUUACCAGCGCCAAGCUUAAGCCAUCCUCAUAUUGCACUUUCCCUUUCAACAACUAUAGGUGUUACAGGGGUGCAGACUGUAUCAUCAUUUUCACAAAGUAAAGCUGGCAGCCCUAAUCUCGCACCUGAUCAGCAUUCAUAUUCUCAUCCAUUGACUCUCAGCAGACCCUUGACUUCAGAACCUAAAGCCAAACAUGCUGCUGAUUAUUCUCACUCCCUUCUUGUGAAAACAAAAGCCCAUUCGGAGCCACCUCAGAAGCAGCAGUUUUUAAUUUCUCCAUCUCAUACUUCAUCACCAUCUCCUCACAUUUUUUUCAACCUGGGCAGUGAAUUAUCUUUGUCACGGAAGAAUUCAAACAGCCAGUUACCCAAAAUUGCUGCCCGCAGCCCUACUCAUCAACCUUCACUUGGGCUGUCAGAAAACUCACAACCUCCAUUCAUGGUAUUCAGAUCUCCACCUCAACUUGAGAAGCAGAUAUAUCCAGAGGGAUCCCAUGAUCUGCCUCUUGAUUUGUCAGCAAAAUCAAGCUGUUAUGGUAUAGGGGUUAAGCAGAAUUCUUUACCCGAGCUGAGGAAAACACCACCUAUGCCGGUGUUAACUCCUGUUAAAGGGGAUAGGUCAUUUUCUCUUUUGCACUCUAAAAGUGAUGGCGUUUCCCCACGAAUACCUCAAAGUGGCUACAAUACCAGCAGUAUUAAAGGAAGCUUCGGAUUAACACCUCCGUUUAUGGUUUUUCCUGAUACUAUAAGAAAUGGGGCUACUCUGCAAAAGAAACCAGUUGCUCCUUUAACAUUUCAGCCAUCGAAUCCAACUGUGUCAUGGGUAAAAAGUUCCAGUAGUUCGGUGAACCGAAAUCCGCGGACUUUUGUUGGCGUGGCUAACGCUAUACCUGCAUCUAUGUUACAGAUUGUUAAUGGAGAUCCCAAGGGUGCUGCUAAGCAAGAACCAAUUUCUAUUGUUUACCAAGGAGACAGCCAGUUGGCACUUCCCAAUGGCAAAAAAAAUGGGGAGCCCAAAAAUGAUGCACAUGAAGAUCACAUUGUAAAGGAAAGUAGUAAUCAUUCACACAAUUGUUUUGUAUCUUCCUCUAGUGAAGUAGCAUCAUACCCUCCUCCGUUCCUCAUUGGAGGUAGCAUUCCCGUUAACCAUCUAUCACUUGGUAAGGAUAAAACUCCGUUUCACCAUUCACCAUUAUUAACUAAUGGGAGCUGUUCAGCACCACAACUAUCACUAACUCAAGGAAUUCCUUAUGGUGUAUCAUCUUCCAGAGGAGAAUAUACUUUGUUCCAAAGCCCACAUCAUUUAGGGGCUGUGUGGACCCCUCAUAAAAUCCAUGCAGAAAAGAUGAAGGAAGACCAGCUGCAGACAAUGGGGUCACCAUUGUCCAACUUGGAGUCAAUAGUUCAGAACACGGCUUUGGAGCUGUUUGCAGUUGAAAAUAAAAAGGAGAGCCCUAAAUCAUUCAGCCCAAAUGCAAUAAGUAAGGAAGGAGUUCCUUCCAAAGAUUUGAACCAGCCAGCCUCCAAUUGUGCAAAUAUAGUUGACUUAAGCCAUUUACCUUCUGAAAACCAAAAUAAAAGUGGUCAGAAAGAUCAACAGAAUACACUUUCCACAAUCAAGAUGGACAAAAUGGGUAAAGCUAAUAAAGGAGUUGCCAAUGAAAGUUGUAAAAAUUCAACAGGCGGUGUGGGUGAUGAUGAAAAAGUUCAUAAUAAAGAACUAGAAAUACAAGGAGUAAUUACUUCUUUGCCAUUAAGCAAGCAGCCUUUCAUUAAUCAGAGCCAUAAUCAUAAAGAUCUUCCUGUUGCAGAAUUGCAAAGUGACAGGAAUUUAGAGGUAGUGGCCAUACAGGAGUUAGCGAGUGGAAGUACAACAUCCUCCAUAUUAUCUACAGAUGCAGAUCAAUCAAUGACUAAAGGUAUGUGUAAUGAAAAAGAACGUUGUACUGCUGGACCAGUCAAACGUACUGUUACCAAAGAAAAGGAUGGUUCAGUGAUGAAUCCAGUUUCUAAAUGCAAAGGACCUAAUUCAGUUAGGUGCAAUGCAAACCCAUCUAGCUGUGUGGGAGAGAAGUUCAAAUGCACUAAGAAGGAAGAUAUUGUGAGUUCCAACAGGUUAAAUCGAGAAGAGCAGACCAUUCAGGGAAGCAAAAGACGGUCAAGCAGUCUCGAAGUGAGCCAGAGAGAAAGUGAAGAAGAUGUCUGUUCAUCUGAAGGACAUGAUGGGGAAAGAAGAAGCAGACGGCUGAGGACACCAAAGACUGAAUCCCCUUCCAGGACAGCAGUGCAAGAUAGAGGUCGAACUGAUUUUACUCUGAAAAAAGGCAAAAAUAGUUUUAAGGACUUCAUUCCAGUGGUGUUGAAAACUAGGACCCGUAGUCAGUCAGAGAGUCAUUGCGGUACAUCAGUACAUGUGAGCUGUGAUCAGGCAGACAUUUCAUUGGGGGAAAGUCAGCGUAUGCAAGAGGUAGUGGAAGAUGAUGUAAAGAAGAAUUCAACGGGUCAAGAGCUAUUUAAAACGGAGGGUAAAGAGACCAAAGAAGAAAGUGAGGUGGGAAGAACUGCCAAUUUGAUUACUGAAGUGAGUGAACAGGAUAGUUUGGAACCACGUGACUUGAGUUGCCUCGUAGACACUGAUGGGAAUUAUAAAGCUAAUAAUAAACAAAAUCCCACCAUUAAGACACAAGCAAGAGGCAAUAGAAAAAAGUUUCGGAAUGAGGUAGAUUCUGAAGUAUCUUUACACAGAGGGGAGAAAAAUCAAGAUGGCAUCGGUUCACAAACAAGAAAGACAGUUACUACAGGCAUAUGGACACCACCUACUUCAUCACGAAAGAGGCUAGCUCCUUCAACCACAUUGCCUAAUACUGACUGGAACCUGAGUGUCAGGCACAGCACUCCUGUGUCAGGAAGUGUACGGAAACUUAAAGAGCCUUGCAGCCCAGGUGCUCUCAAUUUGUCCCACAUACAAGAAUCUCCAAGUGAGUACCAGCCUGAAAAACCAUCAGGAAAACGAAAAUGUAAGACAAAGCAUAUUAGUGGGCCCCUGUCAUCGGAAGAAGGUGCAAACAAUCAAGGAAAGCACAAGAUUAAAGUAAAGCAAAAACGCUCCCUGAAGCGCUUAGCAUUAAUGCUGGAUUCUGAUUGGAGCCCAUCACCAAAGAAGAAACCUGAUUAUUCAGUCCGCUGGAAAAAGAAGACAUCCUCAGUUACUCCUGUUAAACAUGCAACAGGGUCACGGUCACCAUCUGCUCAAGCAGAGACAUCCACAGGACAGCAGUCUCAAUCUGAAACGCGAAAACUAAUAGUAAAUAAGAAUGCUGGUGAAACCCUGCUGCAGAAGGCAGCACGAUUAGGCUAUGAGGAUGUGGUUAUCUACUGUUUGGAGAAUGAAGUGUGUGAUAUCAAUCACCGGGAUAAUGCAGGCUAUACAGCACUGCAUGAAGCUUCUGCACGUGGCUGGCUUGACAUCGUCACACGGCUCCUGGAGCAUGGAGCAGAUGUAAACUGCAGUGCCCAGGAUGGUACCAGACCUAUUCACGAUGCUGUUGUGAAUGAUAACUUGGAUGUUGUCCAUGUUCUACUAUCAUAUGGUGCAGAUCCCACCCUUGCUACCUAUUCAGGUCAGACAGUUCUGAAGAUGACUCAUAGUGAGCCCAUGGAACAUUUUCUUAUAGAAUAUUUUACUGACUUGAGGGGACGAAGUGAGGAUGAUCCAGCCCUUCGUUGGGAAUUUUAUGGCAGUUCUGCAUGUGAGCAGGAUAAGGAGAUCGUUUGUAACAUUUUGGCAAAUCCCCCUGGCCUUGAUGAAGAGGAAGAUGAGGAUACCAAUUACUUUGUAUUUGAGUUUUCUGAAAAGCCUCUUCUUGCAUGUUACAAUAUACAAGCUUCCCUUUCUCAUGGCCCUUGUAAUUGGUUGGUAUUAUCUGAAGUUCUCCGAAGAUUGAAAAUGUCAGUCAGGAUUUUUCAAUCCCGCUACCCUCACUUUGAAAUUGUUACCAUUACUGAAGUAGAAUUUUACAAGCAGGUGUCCACAAGCCAGGUACAUUUUCAACUUGGGAAUCUUCAGUUCUGCUCCCUGGAUGGCAGGAUGUCUCUGGAAUUGGUACGGUGCGUGCCAGAGCUGUUGGAUCUUAUUGGUUCUACGGUGGAAUUAUUAACUGAAGACUGUGAAAAAGUCAUUAAAUUUACAAGGUGAACUAAAAUCAUGACUGAUUGACAAACUUUUCCCACCUCAAAUAAAUGGGAAAUGAAUUGAAUGGGUACUAACAGGUGUGUACAGUAUGCCAGCAAUUACUUCUGUUAUCUCAAAUCCGGCAUAGACUAGCCAUGCUGACAAAUAGUAGAAAUAACAGAUCAGUUCUGACCUUAAAGUGCGACAGUAUAAGGUUUGCUGGGAUGUUUAAAGGAAGUGUUAGAACAUUUUAACUAGGUUCAUUAAAAAUAUUUUCUAUCUAAUUAUGUUCAAGUGCACCUAAGUUUGUGAUCCAUUAACCGUGAAAAAUAAUCAGUAAUACCAGUGGUACAGUUGAUUCUUGUUCUAUUUAUUCUUGCUCCCACAAUUUCCUCUUUUAAGAGAUAAUUAAAAAAAACUGCUUUAUUUUCUCCCCAAUUCUACUACAGUUCUGUACCACACAUCUGUUUUCCCCCAAGAGGUCAGGGGAGGGGUAGCCUAUUCAUAUUUUCGAAACUGUUCUCUAAGCCAGCUGCAAGGAGAUGGUAAGAAUGGCUGCUGAAUAAGUGUACCUCGAAUUUCUCUUCCUGCUCUGUAUGCCUCUCAGGCAGAGGCCUUGACUCAAGCUGAGAGCUGUGCAGAUCAGUGAAACUGAAAUUAAGCAUUCAGCAGAGUACAUAGCUUCAACUUGUGUUCAAUGUUUUACUGUGGUGCACCAUUCUGCAUUGAAGAAACACAACUAUGUGUUUUUUUUAGUGUACUUGUAUCUAACGCUGUACACAAGUAGAACAAAAUGGAUGUUUUAAGUAUGACUUUGGUGCUUUUUUUGGGAUCAAGAAACAAGAAUUCACUGUAUCAUAAUUGGAACCAAAUUACCAGUGUCUGAAAGGCACAUUUUCAACAUUCUAAAUUAAAAUUGUUCUGUUCUUAGCAACUGAGCACACAAUUGUUCCUAAAUAUAGCAUUUAGCAAUGACAAGAGAGUAUCUUACUGGAAUCAAUAGUUUCUUUAAGUCAGGCUGUAUCUUGAAAUUGGAUAUUUGUACCCUGUAGUGGGGAUUAUGACUUUUUUUUGCCACAGUUAUGUUUUGUGGGUGUUUAUAUUUUCUUGAGCAGAUUUUAUUUUCCAGUUUAAAGCAAUUUUAAAUCAAAGUUAAAUUGAUCAAAACUGAAAUUGUAUGCCAAGGUGCAUGUUGUUCACUGAGGUAAAAUUGAAAAGCCCACUGGAAAUUUUGUUAGUUACUGAUAAUUUUCAGCCGAAGUUACAAUCUAUACAAUUCUCUGAGACGAUGCACUUUAUGUUGACUGCUUGUUGAGUUGCACCAAUCAUUGGCUUUCUGUACUACUGCAGUUACACAAAUUAAAGUUAACUGUUUGUUUAAAAAGAAGAAAGUUUUUAAAAAAAAGACACGGAAGCUUGUCUCCUUUGAACUACAAAGCUGAUUCAAAACUCCGUUGGCUAUAUUUGCGAGUAGGGGAAUCAACAUUCCAUUUUUGCCAUUUAAACCAAAAUACUGAGCUAGAACCUAAGAAAUGUUUAUUUUAGAAUAAGAUCAACAAUAAAAUCACAUUUCAAUUGGGUUAGAUUUCAUUGUAAAUCAAAGAAAUUAUCUAGGUUUAAAGGAGUCAUGUGUUUUUAUGUUAAUGUGAAGCACAUUCAAUGUGCAUUGUUGCAAAACUCAGGAAUCUGAUUGGUGAUCUGAUUAGUAGACAUAACAAAGCCAAUGAGGUAGUCUGCUUGGAUUUCGCAUUAGUUGCAGUGUAAUUAUAAUUCAGAGCAAAACCAGAUUCGAUGCUGUUAAUAAUCCCGACAAUUCCGCAGCAGUUGUUGAUACUUGACAUACAAAUGUCAAGUGUGUAAUGUAAGGCUGCUGAUUUUACUGUUGGUAGCAGACCUAAAAAGAUAGGGCCUUGCAUUGUUGGUACUCAACUCCGUGUGAACCUGGUGUAUUGUUUUAUUUGAAGUUUUUGUGUGAAUGUAGAUGCAUCAAGCUUCACCUUCCCUCAGUCAUUCAACAGGUAUGAGAUCAAACUGGUUGCCUGCUCAGAGCACUGUUUGAAUACUGCAGUCCAGAUGAGGUAUGCCUGGGUAGAAUUGAUUUAUUUUUCUGUACUCUGUCAUAUAUUAAAAUGUCAAGUGACUGCAACAUUGCAUUCAUUGUGCCUGCAGGUGAUGAUGUGAGAGUUUGUCUCAUUAUGUGCAGUGAUCCACAACUAAUGCAAUGGAAUAGUCCGUCUGUAGUUGUAAUGAACUUCCAUUGCCUGAAGCUCAGCCAUAAGUGGCAAUGUGCUUAACCUUUUCACUCCAUCUCCUUCAUGAGUAAAAUAUCAGCAUUAUGUACAGCCUCUUUCUAAGUGAUGAACUGCUCAGCCAUGAAUGGAGAGCAAUUCAACCCACAGUUCUUCCCUCAUGAUCCCCAGUCACAACUGUUGCAUCUCAGAACAUGCAUCCAUCCAAUCAUCAGCAUGUCCCAAAUAAUAAGAGUAUGAAAUUAGGUCUUCCACCCUUACCCCACCUCCAUUCCCAUUGAAAUACCAGCAGGCCUUUAUUAUCCUUAGCAGGUGUGGGAUCUCUCCAGAUCCAAUUCUCUCAUUAUCUUCUGUUAACUAUAAGCAGAAAUACCUUCUCUUCAACCAGGAUGGCUCACCCACAAGUCCCCUUGCAAGGUCAACCCUCUACCUAUUUGCACAUUGCUAAGAAGUGUGCCCUUGCCCUACCUAAAUCAAACUGUGGACCAUCACACCUUUCCAAGUUUUCAUACCCAUUCAGCACCAUCAUAAUCAUCCUCUUUCCAUUUACUGCUCCCUAACUGAGAAAAAUCAUUGAAUGUUCAGCUUUUAAUUCCAGUGCUGAGGGGCAUGUGUGCCAUGAAGUCCCUAGCCCAAAACAUAACCUCUUAAGUGUCCAUUGAUACUGUAGAAAUAUUCCUAAUCUGCAUCAGAGUAGCAUACUAAAGAGAAUCUCUUCCUCAGUGAGGAGCAUUCAGGCCUCUUUCAUACUCCUAACUCAUUCGGACUUUGGUUCUCCACCCCUUGUCUGUCACCUUCAGCUUUACAUUCUCUUGCUCUCCCCUUGUCCUUCACUUUGCCUCCUCCCUUCCCUUCUCUUGCUUCCACAUUAAUCUCCCUUCCCUUCUCUUUAACUUCUCCAUCCCUGUUCAUCUAAUUAUCAUCCUACCUUCCAAACCUUUUUGAUGUUGGUCUUGAUUCCUUAUAUGCAGUGCCAAGUCCUAAUGAGCUUCGCUGCUGGAUAAUAUGUAAAAAUUGUCUUGGAGCUUGUGACUAUGUGCCCAAGUGCUGUGUGGCUACAACAUGCCUUUGGUACCAUGCCCCUGUAUAGUACUUUGAUGCUGUUAUGAUUUGUGUCCUCCAGUGAAGCUAUGUAAGAGCACAGCUGUGCUGCCAGUGAACUUUCCUUGCCUAAAACCUAUGUGAUCAUAAGACUUAAUGGUUAAUUUCUCCCCCUUGACUUGGUGGUACUAUUCACCCAUAUGACAUUAAAACUAGUCUUGAAUUAAAGCUGAGUUUACUAUAAAUAUCUAGUUACAAAGCAUACUUGUUUUGGAGGAACCAAGGCCAGUGAUUCCAUAAAAGUAUAUAGGAACAAGAAAAAUUAAAGUUUCUUGUGCAUUUGUUUUGAGUCCAGCUUAAUUGAGUUCAUUUGUGUAUUUCAGAAUUCAUGUAAACGCUCAAAAACAGGUUGCCUUCCUUUUAUUAUUACUAAGUAAAAUCUGUUAGAGAAGUAAACAAGUCUUCAAACCACAGUUUUCUUUUAAAUCAGAUGAUGAUAUGCCUAAAGAAUGGCAGGCAUCUAAGCUUGGUUUUAUUCUUACUAUUCUUGUUGUUUAAUCCUGAGGUGCAAUCCGGGCAAUUUUCUGGUUCCUAUUGUACAAUUGAAAACUCAAAGGAUAUAAAAUUGGUACAGUAACUUAAAAGCUAAUGGCAAUAAUCUCAAAACCUUGCACUGUUUCUUGUUCAACUGUAUUGGUAUGCUCCAUUUGUAAAUAAGUGUACUGCCCAGUUUGUUAGCUUGCUACCAACAGUAAAAACAAUAUAAAUAUCUGCCUGACUAAUUAGCAACACUCUCACUUUGGAAACUCUAGAUUCAUGCCCACUGUAAGAUGAGUCUACUUAAUCUAAACUGUAUUUACUCACUUUGAAAUGAGAGCUUAAGUUGAGGCUACAAUUAACAUUUGAGGUAGGGGUAUAAGAUAAUUAUACCACAUUUUAGCAGAGUAGGUAAGUUUUGUGAAUAUCCUGUCUGGUACUUAACCCUUAAUCAACAUCAUUAAAUCAGAUGAACUCAUCCUUUAUACCACUUGCUGUUUGUGGUACUCUGCUUUGUCUUUACAAAUACAAAUCUUUUGGGACAUUAAAUGAACAUCUGUGUGUUUAUACAAUUCCUUUAAUAUUCAGCUUCAUCUGCAAUGAGAAUAAUGGUUAAAAAAUAGUGUUCCCAGCUCCAAGCAAAUCUUUGCUUUACCAGAUCAAAAUGUUUCUAUCAGAAAAUGUGGGGUUAAUCAGCAAAUCAACUUUUAAGCAAUACUAUCAUUGAGUAAUAAACACAGAUAUCUUUGCAAAGUUUUAUUUGCCACUAUUUUCAGCACCUGUUCUCCCAUCCCUAUCUUGCAUUCCAUUGGAAUUAAUUCAGUCACCCAUAAAUGAUGCAAAAAAACUAAAUGCACCUUGCUUUAUUAUUACACCAAAUAAGAACUUGUGUGCUGAAAUUGAUAUUUCUAGACUAUUCUAGGCCACCGGAAUUUUAAAUUUGUAUAUCAAGGGUAAUUAUUAAGAGUUCAUAAAUCAAAAUUAGUAGGCUUAUUUAAAUGAAGACCAUUACAUACGUCAACUCAAUACAGCAGCCAAGAUGGUGCCUUCUUCACAUAUUACAAACUGUUCCUAAACAUAAUUGUUGGCAAGUAGAAAAUGUUGAAAAGGCUUAGUCUGCUAAUCAGCAUCUCAAAGGAAAACACUAGCUUAAUGCUCAUGAAGGAAUACAUCUUAAACUUAGACCUUCAAUAGAUUUUUUUUGUCUCUCUGCUUCUUGUUACAUUACUGCUCAACUCUAGCAUUUUUCUGUGUUUAUUCAGCAUUGACAUUUCAUUUUUUUUUCUAGUAAAGGUGAUCAUUCUGAAUUAAGGGAAUUACCUCUCAUCACUACCAGUGAUUAAAACUAAUUCAAAAAUCUGCAUGGUAACUCAGUUUUAUAGUAAUUUGACUAAGUGUUUGUUGCCAUCUGGGUGCUCAAGGUUUGCUGCAAUCUCAUUUUAUAUCCCAGCAUUCCUUAAAAUAAAUGGCACUUCUGUUCAGUAAAACAAUUAACCAUGUUGAAAUCAAAUUCUGCUAGUUAACUGGGCAUAUUUUUUAAUUGCAAAAUCUCCAGUGAGAUAGCUGAAUUUUGGUGCUGCAACGCUGCGAUGAAUCUGUUGUAGUGUAUAGAUAGAAAUAUUUAUCUGUUGAAACUGCUGCAGUAACCUAAAGUAAACUUAUAACUAUAGAUAAAAACAGAAAAUGCCGCAAUACUCAGCAGGUCAGGCAGCAUCUGUGCAGAUAGAAACAGAGUUAAUACUUCAGAUCAUUUAUCUUUCAUCAGAACUAUGAAGAUUCAAAAAUCAAACAUUUUUAAAUUGCAAGGAAUGUUAUUUUCUUUGUUGUCUCCAUCCUCCCCCACUUGACAAAGCAUGUUUAAUUUCCAGCUUUUCCCCAGUCUUAAAGAAAAGUCAACGUGAAAUGUUAAUUCUGUUUCUCUUGCUACCAAUGCUAUCUGACUGUUGAGUAUUUCCAGUAUACUUUGUUUAUAAUUUCAGAUUUCCAGCAUCAGAAGUUUUUUGCUUUUCAUAAACUUCUAAAACCAGAUGAGGCUACACCUUCAUGUACAAAUCCUUAGAAGUUUAUAAGACUGUUCUGUGUAUAUUUUGUACAGUGUUUGAUAUUGCUAAAAGGAGUUGGAACCCUGUUGGUUAACUCUUAGUUUAUAUAAAGAAGUCUGCAUUGUCUUGCUGGAAAAUUAAAGCAGUCAUUGAUGGAUUUUUUGAAUUCUUCAUGUUUAUACGUUUGUUGUUUAUAUACACCAGAGUUUUUGUUAAAGAAGUAAAUUAUUUAGUUGACAGCAUAUUUCAUUUUAAAAAUUUAACAAAUGUAUUGUGUUGGUAAUAUAAGCAAUGAGGAACUUAGAUGAAAGUCUGUAGACUGGACUUUUUCAGAUUUAUUUCUAAGAAGCACAUAGAGAAUAGACCUGGCUGUUUUGUUUACAAGAACGAAGAUGGAUUCAGGAAUGAAUCACACAUCACAUUUAUACAGUUAUCUGAAAUCAACUAUUAAACUUAUUUGGAUUAUACCUUUUGAUUCAGAACUGCAUUUACUGCAAGUAUAAUAACUUCUUCACUCUUCUGUUUAAGGAUAGAUUUGUUUAUGAUUGCAUGUUCUCUCUGUUCCUCAUUAUCAAUAAGGUUUUUGAAAAGUUAAUUUGAACCUUCAUAAAUCAUAGAUAAUUCAGUAUAUAGUACAUGCAAUAGUGCUUAAGCAGACAGUCAUAACUAUAAGGGUGCUGAUGAUUGAGGACGCUCAACAUGUUACAGUUUGGAGUUCAGUAUUCAGGUUGAUCAAACUGUUGAAUCCAAAUUCUUAUUGCGGUGAUCUACUUUUUAUAUCUUCCUCAUUUUCCUGCUAUGUGACUACCAGCAUGUCUCUUCAUCACUUAGUUAUCUUAAAAAAAUAAUCCCAAUAAGGAGAAAUUAGUAAGAAAUCUAGACCUUAGUGAUAAUUCAGUUAAGAGGUUCAGGUUAAUUUCAAUCAAAAUUGCCUGGUUUAUUUCAGUAGAGCAUAAAGUCAGGAGGACCAUAAAAUGGGCAUCCAACCAUAACUAUGCUCUUCCUGUUGGGCAGCCGAGAUUAAAAUUAUUUGUGCUGAAUCCCUCACUAACAGGCUCCUUUUGCAUUUUGAGCAAAUGGGAUGAAUUGUUGUUAUCACAUUUAUUUUCCUGUUACUUUUAAUUGUUGUUUAACUAUGUAAACCUGUUUUUGCCUUUGAUUCUGUAUCUUCUUAGCACCAGCCUGGUCCUCCCAUCCUUACAUAAAUUUUAAUUAAAAAAA